AUGUUUAGUAGAAUCAAUAGAGCUGUACAUAAUAGAAUUUUUACUUGUCAUUUACGUUUACUAAGAUAUUGUCGAAUCGAUAAUUCUUCGCUUUCAUUAUCACAUCCAAUACUUAAUCGAUUUUGUUUAACAAUUUCACUUGAAAUUGGACAUGAAAUUGAAACUCUCUAUCAUGAAGGAACAUCGAUAGAAUAUGUUCUUCAUCCUACAAAUUAUCCUAAUUUAAAUAAUGUUGGUUUAUGUGUUAUUGACGACAAACUAGCUAUGUCUUUCUGUUCUGAUAAGAGACUUUCUUUAAUUAAUUGA